AUGUUUACUAGUGAAAGUGUGCAAGAACAUAUACUUUAUGAUAAAAUAUAUCAAUAUCUUUGGGUUAAGUCUGAGACGUCGAGUCCACCUUCUGUGUUAAUACCAGACACUGUGAUUUUGAUAAGGUCGAUGCCAAUAUAUUGGUAUUUUACAGAUAAGGAGACAGGGGAGGUGAAAAAAAAGAUGAGGAAAAACGUUACGAAAGAAAAUAUAAAAGAAACCUGGUUGAAUUAGGUUGGGAGAUCUGGAGUAGUAGGAUAUCUGCUGCAUUUUAUAGAAAAUUUAGACUUGAAUUAUCCACCUGAGAAGCUCAAAAUAAGUGGCUAAAUUUAGAUUGUGUAUUUUGACGAAAAAGGGUUCGAAAACUUUAUGAAUUCAAAUUUGGAGCUUCCCUUUGGAAUACUCUAACGAUACGUUGAGGCAGCAGAUGACAAAAAUUCAUAAAUAUAGGCAUUUUGGAGUAAGUCAGUUACGCUCUUCACCAAGAGAGUGACAAAGAAAAGUUAUCUGAACAAAUCAAUGAAUAUUUAUGAGAGGCUGUGUACAUUCGAAGGACCUGAAUAUUUGAGUGAAGCAACUUAAGUGAAGGAUUUCUAAUCUUAACGAAUAUCUGAAUAGAUUGAAAAGAUGAUUAAUCAUUUAGAUGCAAUAUCAUUUGGAAAAUUGAAUAUAAGUUAAGGAACCUUUUAUUUUAAGGUUGACAAAUAAGCUAAAUGUUGGUUCCUAUUUUGUGGAAGUCUAAAAUUCGAUGACGAUAAGCAUUUUAAGAAUUAUCCAAAGGAUUUAUACACGCAAUCAUAAAUUUAAAUACCAAAAUCAGUGGAUGGCAUUAUGUCUGUGUAUAGUCAAAGACCAUUGCAAUUGAACAAGGAAUCUAAAUGCAUUAAGUGCGGUAACAUUGACAAAGAGAACAAUUUCAUUGAUAUUCCAUAUCAUUAUAUUUUAGAUUAAAAUGAAGAAAGUCUGCCCGCUGAUCAAUGGCCAAAUGAAAUUAAGAAAGAGGCCAAAACAGUAAAAGUGGCAGGGGCUAAUGCUGGAACCCAAGCAUUGUUAAAUACAAUAACACAGGUUCCCUUGGUAUUUUAGAAGAUUCACUAAAAGUUAAAUUACACAAACUUCGAAUAUUUUAAAAAUUCUGAUGGAUUUUUGCAUAAAAAAUUAUAAGUCUGUUUAGAUUGCUACAUAGCUUUAGUUGCUCAUCAAGAGAAGGUGUAAAAGAAUUGUGUAAUUAACAAAAUCAGUUAAAAUAUUCGAAUUCGAAAGUCAACAGGAGGCUUCACAAAUGCAAAACAGUUAAAGGCAUAUUUAAGAUAGCAAUAGAAAGAAUAACAGAAGAAAAUAAGUUAGGUUAAAACAACAGAGAGCAAUACAAGCAAUGGAAUAUAAAAAAUAAGGCCGAUUUAACAAUAUAUCAAUAUGAGAUUACAAAGUUUAAGUCCCCAAUAAAAAUACUCAAUCGAAGUUCCUUCUACUGCAGAUUACUUAUCAUUUAAAACGAAAUCAUCUAAUUACGAGAGUAAUUUAAAAAUAAGAAAUUUUUAUAACUAGUCUCUUUAAACAAAAUUGAAUUCUUGA